GCAGUGAGUGUGUGACUGUGCAUGUAGGGGUGGGGAAAAGAGAGAGAUAGAGAGAUAGAGAGCGUGCACGAGGCAGGAGGCGCUCCCUCUAAUCCCGGCUGCGACGCCAACCAGCACUGCAAUAGACUUAAUGGAGGCUCAGGCAGACUCCAGUGCUGCAGAGCCUCUUAGAGACAGAGAGUUCCAGAAGCUUCUGAAGUCCUCCAGCUCUGCCAGUCUCACCAGCGAGGCGUCCCAUAAUGCCUCUGGAGAGCAUGUCGGUACUCCGGCACAUCACGGCAGCCAGGUGCUGAUCACAGAGAAGCGACAGCCGCUCAGCAGUGUGUCUUCUCUGGAGGUUCACUUUGAUCUGCUGGAUCUGACGGAGCUCACAGACAUGUCGGACCAGGAGCUGGGUGAAGUGUUCGCCGAUUCAGAUGAGGAAAACCGCACAGAAUCCCCAGCAAUUGACCCCACAGACCGCCAGCAUCCGCCGUUACCCAGAUUCCCUCACAGCGGAUACGUGCGCUCGCCAUCAUGGACCCGCGGAGGAAAAGCAGAGCAGCAGACGAGGGACCGAAAACACCACAGCGACUCGGAAAACACUGAGCCCAUGCUGAAGAUAGAGCGCUCGCAAUCCCAGCAGCCCUGAGAGCGACACAGCAGGGGCUUAUGGGUAACAAACACAGCCGUUGUGCGGAGAUUAGAGGAUCCUCUUCAAAAAAAUGAACCUUCGGGAUCCACACACACACACACACACACACACACACACACACACAUGGAGAUCCCACAUGAAGAUGAUGCAAUCCCUUUAUUUAAUAUGGGCCGAAAGUGCACUCUUUCUCAAGAUGAUGGAUUUUGGGACACGGUGACGUUCCAAAUGGAUAUAUCGCCCUCUGAAGGGCACUUUGGAGGAAAUAAAUAAAUACUGGCCGCCAUAUUGAAGUGACGUUCCAAACUGAAGUGCUCAAAACUGACCACUUUGAAGGGUCCUUAGGAAUGAAGGGGGAAAUACAGCUGAUGAACACUUCAUGCUAUGAUCUUUUAAGCAGGAAAGUUGUUUGGUGUCACACAGUGCACUUAAUUCAGGUCCCGAAGCUCUAACCCCUUCAGAGGGACCCUCAGUAGGGAUUAGGGCGUAGGGAUGAGCCCUUCCCAAUGGAAACCAGUGUGAGGCUGCAUUCCAGUCCAUAUUAUUCACUCCAUCUCAUUCUCUCGAUUGGACAUCAUUGAUUACGUUAGGCAAGUGUCCACUAUUGGGGAAGCGUCUCAAUUAGUUUAAAAGGUUCCAGUCUCAUUUUUUAUUCCCUUCACUCACUAACUUCCCUUCGUCUCAUUCCCUCAAAUGUACAUCAUUGAUUAUCACACUAGUGUUCACUACUGGCGGAGCAUCUGAAUGGGUCUCAGUGGAACGCCCUAUACCCUUGAACCCUUGCAUUCCAAUUAUUACACCCUUCAUUCGUUACCUUCCCUAUAUCUCAUUCUCUUGAAUGCAUGUCAUUGAUUACAUUACGCAAGUGUCCACUACUGGGGGAGUGUCUCAAUAAGUUUAAAUAAACUCUUGAACCCUUGGGAACUACGACUGCAUUCCAGUCCAAUUCUUUAUUCCCUUCGCUCACUAAAUUUCCUCCGUCUCAUUCCCUCGGAUGUACAUCACUGAUUUUAUUACACAAGUGUCCACUAUUGGCUAUCAAGGGAUCAAGGGUAUGUAAACAUCUCUCGUUCACUUGAUGAAGUGGAACGCGCUUGAAAAUGGCGUUGGGGAGUACCUUGAGGGAAAAAGAGAAGGAAAGUUCACGAGUGUGUGUGUCUGUAAGUGGAUUGGAACGCAGCCCGAGUCUUCUCCAUGUGCCUCCUGCAUUAAGGGGGAUGUGAGCAUGAUGUAGCAUUACAAACCACAGCGGCUGAACUAAAGAGGAUUUCACUGUCAUCUGAGGAACUGUGUAAGGGUAAUUACAGCAAUGUGUCAACCCCCCUACCCCCACCCCCCACCGCCCAAAAAAGUGUCCUUUGAGGAGAUUCUGCGUGGACAAGCAGAAAGUCAAGGCCUAAAACACACUCAUGAACACUGACGGUUCCCUGUUUUCAUUCUUCAUUGGGUUUUAACGUUUCUAAGUGACGUUUGAUAAGCUAAUUUCCAGAGGAGCACGUGAUUUGAUUGAUCGUGGCUGGUCUCUCAUCUGCAAUCACCGAUAAACCAGUCAGAUGAAUCCAAACCUACAAUAAAUAGCCCAUUUCAAGUUACUCCCCAUAUCUUUGUUUUUAAAGGAUCCCCCCGUCCACCCCAUCUCCCCCUUUUCCUCCUUUACAUGAUCUCGGACCCCUAUACAUGCUAACUGACCAGAUGGGAGCUCAGGCUUCUCUCCUGGGCCAGCAUGCCAAACCUGCUAUUAGUAUCAAGCAAUGUCUAAGUGUGAACUCUUGAAAUCAUCUUGCAGCACAAUAAUGUGUUGGAUUCGCAUUAUUGGAGGGUUUUAGCAUAAACAAGUGGUGCUUUUUGAGUGCUUUCAGAUGCAUUGUCGACCUGGAGGUUUUAUAAGGCACAGUUCACCAAAAUGUUGAACCUAUUGAGUUUCUUUAGUGCAAGAAAUGAGUUUUUAUAAAGAGUUUUGUCUUACUCCGAGUCCAAACACAAAACUCAAAAGUCUUAAAUCAAGAAGCAUUAUCUAAGUACCAAUGAUUGUCUUGUUUUCAGAAAGAAUGAGUCAAAAUAAAGUUAAUUAAGACUAAAAUAAUCUGCC